AUGAAGUUCACAGCUGUCAUAUUUCAGGGACUGUCUGAUGAAGCAAAGGCACACAACAACGGUUGUCUGGCGGGUGUUGCUCGCAUGUCCAUCAGAUUGGGAGACAUCCGCAGGGGAUUUCAAAUCGCUAAGGAAUGCAAUAGCCUCAGUUUGAUGAGAGAAUGCGCUUCAUUGCUAGAGGAAACGAAGAAUUAUAACGACGCAGCCCUGCUGUAUGAAAAUGGAAAAUUUUUCGACAAAGCGGCUGCAGUUUUUGCGAAAAUAAACAAAUGGGAAAAAGUUGAAGAGCUUUUGCCGAGUGUGCAUUGUUUCAGCAUCUAUAAGCAAUACGGCCAGGCAAUGGAAGUGCAGAGGAAGUAUGAAAAAUCCGUAGAUGCCUACAAAUGCGCUAAAGAUUAUGAAGAUGCAGCUAGAUACUUUUUGAAGAAAGGCGAUUACGCUUCAGCUGUACAGUUUCUGGUGUUGGCAGAUGAUUUUCAGGAGGCUUUCAAGUUAGCGGUAAAACAUGAUCAGGUUGCAACGUAUGCUGAAGCGUUGGGAACUAGCGGCACCGCGGAAGAGUACCAACAUAUUGCCGAGUACUUUAUACAGAGACAGAACUACUGCAUGGUAGGGAAGUACCUGAUGAUGUGCAAUAAAUACGACGAGGCAUUAGAUUAUUUGAUGAAAAACGGAGACAGCAACGAAUCACUUGAACUGGCGGUGGAUUGCGUUGGACGUGCGAAAGACGACGCCAUGCAAAAGAAAUUGAUCCUGUUUCUACUUGGCGAGGUCGACGGUUUGCCGAAAGUGAACAGAGAUAUUCAUGAAAGUAUCAAAUGUUCUACAGCUAUCCGCAUACAGGAUCCUCAACACAUAUUUCGCUUAUACACGGUGUUAAACAUGCCGACGGAGGCUGCGAAAACUGCCAUGAUUAUAGCACAGCAAGAACAGAUGAAAGGAAACUACCGGAAAGCGCGCGACCUCCUCUUCGAGAUGUACAGCGAGUUAAUGAAGAAAAACAUCAAAAUACCUCAGGAGCUCCAGAAUAAUCUGAUGCUAAUUCAUAGCUAUCUGUUAAUCAAGAGCCUGACCAAAAGAGGAGAAAACAUGCUUGCUGCCCGAAUGCUGAUUCGAGUGGUCAAAAACAUUAGCCUAUUUCCCACGCAUGCCGUAAAAAUUCUGACUUCUGCUGUUAUUCAGUGCAGUAAGGUUGGCCUGAGGAAGUCUGCGUUUAACUUUUGCGUUAUACUCAUGCGCCCCGAAUAUCGCAAUGACAUAGACGAAAAGUACAAGCGGAAGAUUGAGCACAUUAUCAGGAAAUGGAAUCAAAUCGACAAGGAGAAGGAAGAAGACAAAUCGUCGUGUCCGUUUUGCGGUCAGUCUAUUCCAAGUACAUCGCUGAUCUGUGAUCAUUGUAAAAGUUCGAUACCUUAUUGCAUUGCAACGGGAAGCCAUACUCUGAAGGAUGACCUGUGUUUUUGUCCAUCGUGCAAGUUUGCGGCGAUUUUCACGGAGUUCACGAAGUUGAUCGAAUACGAAGAGCGGUGUCCGAUGUGCAGCGAAGUGAUUUCGAUCGAUCGAGUGACAAAGGUCGAAGGAGACGUUCCCAUUGCGCAAUGCCACUUCUCUUGUAACAGAAAAUAA